GAGGGCGCGUGGGGCUCGGGGCGCCCGUCUACCCGUGUUCGCCUCACUGCCAGCGCCCCGCGAAGAGAUCCGGGCUUCCCAGCGCGCCCCAAAUCGCCGCUUCCCCGCUGGCCUGGGCCGGAGGGGGGCCCGCUCAGGAACCCGGGGCCCCGGCCCCCCGCGAUGACCGCGAGACAAAGCCGCAGGGAGCGCGGGUGCCCGGGCUCUCCCCCGUAGCAGACGCGGCUCCCUCCUCGCCUCCCCGCCCGACGGCAGGAUGGGGGGCGGCGGGUCGGCCCUGAGGGUCUGCGCAGAGCACCGCGGGGGCAUCAACUGGCUGAGCCUGAGCCCCGACGGGCAGCGCCUGCUGACCGGCAGCGAGGACGGCACGGCCCGGCUCUGGAGCACCACGGACGGCCGGUGCUGUGCGCUCCUGCAAGGACACGAGAGCUACGUGACCUUCUGCCAGCUGGAGAACGAGGCGGCCUUCACCUGCAGCGCUGACCGCACCAUCAGGAAGUGGGACGUGCUGACCGGGCGGUGCCUGCAGGUGUUCCGGGGACACACGUCCAGCGUGAACAGGAUCCUCGUCACCGACAACCAGCUCUUCAGCAGCUCCUACGACCGGACAGCUCGCGCCUGGAGCGUGGACAAGGGGCAGGCGUCCCGGGAGUUCCGGGGCCACCGCAACUGCGUGCUGACUCUGGCCUACUCCGCCCCCUGGGACCUCCCAGGGGCUCCCUUUGAGGAGGAGGCCGUGGCCGGGGGGCUGCUGGUGACCGGCAGUACGGACGGCACGGCCAAGGUGUGGCAGGUGGCCAGCGGCUGCUGCCACCAGACGCUGCGGGGCCACACGGGGGCCGUGCUGUGCCUCGUGCUGGACACGCCCAGCCACACGGCCUUCACGGGCAGCACGGACACCACCAUUCGCGCCUGGGACAUCCUGAGCGGGGCGCAGCUGCGGGUGUUCCGGGAGCACCGGGGCUCUGUCAUCUGUCUGGAGCUCGUGAACCAACACGUAUACUCCGGCAGCGCGGAUAGGACUGUCAAGUGCUGGCUGGUGGACACAGGAGAGCGAGUGCGCACGUUCACAGCCCACAGACACAGCGUGAGCGCCCUCAAGUACCACGCAGGCACCUUGUUCACGGGCAGCGGGGACGCCCGCGCGCGCGCCUUCGACGCCGAGUCCGGAGCGCUGCAGAGGGUGUUCCGCGGCCACGCCUUCGUCAUCAACUGCAUCCAGACUAAGCGUCAGCUUCGGCUCAGAAGGGACCUGGGUGAAAUGAGGGGCUGUGGCCGAUGACCCCUCCAGGGUCAUUCGUGUGGGAAGUGGCCAUGGAAGAGACCGGGGAGCAAGGAGCCAGCCCCCCGAGCUGCGAGGUGACCUCAGGGACCCAUUGCCCCCGCCUUAGGGCUCCCAUUUCUUCAUGAAUCGAGGAGGGCUGUUUCUCUCCAUCUGGGGCAGUAGACCCCCCGGCCACAUGCCUGGGAGCCAGGCCUGCUGUCCAUGUGGUGAAGGCGGGACAAGGACACAGGAGCAGCCCGAGUACUCUUAGCCAGGAGGGGCUUCACGGAGAAAACGGGGGGUCAGCCUCUGGAGAGGCUCCGAGGGGAGCCGCCCCAGCAGCCCUUCUUGCCGGAA